GACGUGGCUUGCGUAGCCUAUUGUGAUGAAGCAACAUUUGAAGUUGGCUUAGACACUAGACCUCCAUAUGUACGUCAGCAGCAUGGAAAAGCGUACAAGAGUCGGUACCUAAAGCCUACAUUUAAGUCUGGAAGGACUACAGUCUCUGUAUUUAGUGUAAUCUCUCUUAAUUUUAAAUUAGAGCUGUUUAUUAACUAG